GCAUGCUGAUCCGGGACGGGUCGUGUUAUUUGAAACUGACCGUGUUUGGCAACGGAAUCUUGGAUAUCCGCCUUGCCGGGCAGGUCGGCAGAACCGUGCAGAUCGCCGGGCAGCACGACAAUCUGAACAAGGCGCUGGACCAGAUGAGAGUGACCCCGUUGUCCGAUUUCUCCGGGUUUUGCAACCUGACGAUCACGUUGGAGCGGGUUUUGACGAACGAGCGGGUCCAGAACUUGGUGGGUCAGAUGUCCAUCGUGGAACACAUCCCGGUGUUCGUGCGACCGGUGGACGACGCGCCGGUGUUGUUGUUCGGUAUGCAAUGCAAAAGCAUCGUACUAGUAUAAAUUGCAUCACAAAUUUAUUACCCCAGCAUUACAAAUUGAAUUUGUAAUGCUGAUUUUCCCUUGAGAAAAAGAUUUGUAAUGCAUAAAUGCGAUUACUACGUGUAGGUGUACGAUGCUUUUGCAGAGGAUAUUCGGUUUUCCGGAGCAAAAAUCGCUGUUCCACGGGUCGAUUCUGGACUUGUCCGAACCCUGGGAAUUCACCACGAAAAACGGCGGGAAGUUGGAAAUCGAGCGCCAGAUCGCCGAGGACGGGACCAGGCGGGAUAGAGAACCGAAUUCCGACUUGCUCUUGGACGCCUUCAGCGGGGUGGACGCAGCGGACUUCACGACAGGUGCGAGCUUGCUGUACGAAAACACGAAAGAAUUACUACUGCGGGAAAAUUCCACGGCGGAGUCGCGGGGCGAGAAAUUCCCGCGGUACUACCGCGACUUGAUCGAGGUGCGGCCCGGGUACUACGUGUACAGCCGGGGGCUGAAGCCGCCCAUCAUUUGGGACAAUUUAGUGGAGAUUUGG